AUCGAUUAAUUAUUGCUUUACAAUCUUUAAGAGAAAAAUAUAUUAUUUGGCCUUGUGAUGAUUAUCAAAAAAAGGUAAAUCAAGAAUUUGAAAUUUUGGGUUUUCCAAUAGCAAUUAAAGCAAUUGAUGGAACUCAUAUACCUUUAAAUGAAGCUCCAAGUAAAAUUAAUAAAGACAUAUAUAUGUCUCGUAAACAUCGAUAUGGUAUUUAUUUACAAGGAAUUGUUGAUCAUAAAAGAUAUUUUAUUUCUUAUAAUAUUGAUCCACAAAGUUUAAAUACAGAAAAACAAAAAUAUUAUGAUACAAUUCAUAGUAAAGCAAGAGUUGUUAUUAAACAAGGACAAAAUAAUGAUGAUGAUCCAAUUGAAUUAGAAUUAGAAACUUUUAAACUAGAUAAUGAUCAAUUUGAUGAUAAUGAAAAUAAUUCAGAAGAUAAAAAUAAUGCAAAAAUUAAGCAACAAAAUUUAUUAAAAAUUAUUU